ACCCUCCGAUACUCUCCGCAGUCGCAACAUUUAGUGCUAGGUGAUAUUGUGAAAUGAUCUGGCUUAAAUAACUAGAAACUUGAAAUACGCUCACGUUUUGAAGAUGGUGAACAUAAAUUGUCAGGAACUUUUUCCAUCGCGAUGGUGUGUCGUCAUAUUCAUUUCCUAUAUGACACUGUUCGUUAAUCAAGGAAUCUUAGUAACAUGGUCUCAAACCGAAGGAAAUUCGUACAAAUACAAUACUGUCACUGUGGUAACAAUGACGGAGAUACUAAAGCUGAUUUUAUCAAUUGGAUCUUACUGUAGAGAUCACUCUGUUAUCUCACUUGUCCAAGAAAUCAGGAAACAUAAGAGAGUACUUCUGCUGUAUAUGGUUCCAUCAUUUUUAUAUUGCCUCUACAACAAUUUGGCCUUUGUAAAUUUGGCUGCUUUUGAUCCAACAACAUAUUAUCUUUUACUCCAAUUUCGUGUUGUCAUCACUGGGAUUAUUUUUCAGGUGAUCUUCAAACAGCAGUUAUCAACCAAACAGUGGAUUUCACUGAUGCUUUUAACAUUCGGUUGUAUGAUCAAACACGUCAACAUAGGAUAUGGUUCCAGCAUUUUCAAGGGCUUCCAUUUCAGUGUGAAUGCCCUGUUUAUAUUGAUCCAGGUGCUGUGUUCGUGCCUGGCCGGAGUAUACAAUGAAUAUUUACUCAAGGGCCAUGGAGCUCGAAUAAACAUUUUUGUACAAAAUGUGUUCAUGUACAUUGACAGUAUUUUUUGCAAUGCAAUAGUUCUUAUAGGCCAAGGUAUUCUGACGGACGUUUUUGAACACACCGAUCUCAGUAUUUUGACUCAGCCGAAAGUUAUCUUAAUCAUAGUGAAUAACGCGGCUGUGGGUAUAAUAACGAGCUUCUUCUUGCAAUCUUUGAACUCGAUUUUGAAGACCUUUGCCAGUGCAUUGGAACUCGUAUUCACUGCUAUCCUCUGCUGGAUCUUAUUUAAUAUUCCGAUUCAUGUCAACACUGUUGUAGCCAUCGCAGUUGUGAGUUAUUCCGUAUUCUUGUACUCUCAAAAUCCAGUGCAAAAUACACAUCCAAAAGUUGUAACAACUGAUGCAUCUGACAAUGAAUCAUUAAUCUCCUCAAAACAAAUGCAGGCGGUUUGAGGCUAGAUUAAAUUUUAUGAAAAUAUUUUUCAUCAGUCAAUUUAGGGACCGCAACUCCUUAUCAAUAAAGUAUUUAUUAACAACCUAGUUACAUAACUGUAGAUUUGAAAAAAA